CACCGCACGAGUGCGACAGCGAGCCUGAGUGCUGCUGCCUUCUGUCAUACAUGGCGCCUCUGACAAGAGCGGCUGGCGCUGCCAGAAGUAAUGGUAGCUUUAAUUUCGCACAGGCUCCUCAACCCGCGUCAUCGAAUGAACCUGAAGUGAUCGAGAUCGACGAUGACGACGACGAAGAAGAUCAAGAAGAUCAAGAAGAUGAAGUAAGCGAUGAGGAGGUCGAAGACGACGAAGAUGAAAUGGUAGACGACGAAGACGAAAUAGUUGAAGACGAGGAUGAAGAAGAUGAGGACGAGGAGCCUGACGAGGGGCCCGAGGAAGAAACGAAUGGAGUGGACGCUACAUACGAGAAUCCAAAAGCGAAACUGAAGGAGAACCGUCAAGAUGUCCGCAUGUCGACACCGGACCUCUUCACCUCCGCAGGCGUUCAACAGGCCUUACACCCUCUGCGCCGUACAGCUGAUCGCGUUACACGCCAGAUCGAGGCAUUUGCAGAGAAGCUAGAUCGCUUUAAACAACAUGAGCAUCGCCCCAACGAUAUUAGCAGUUUCCAGGCCGCAUACCAACUUGUCAAGAGCUACCAGGUCAUCGCAGAGGAUCAGAUCCAAGGGAUUACAAGGCAAAACACUCUAAAGCGCGCAAAGUCUGGGUGGAGAGCUAGCCGUGACUCGCAGGACGGAAUUGGUAGUCCUAAGACUGAGGAGGAGCUGAAACGACUACAAUUGGAGGCUGAUACUUGGGACCUUUUGCUGAACUUCCUAAGUGUCGACGAUCCCGCUACCCGUGCGCAUUCUACAAGCGCGCAAGAAACAGCUUUCCAGCAUCUGCAUCGGUAUUCUACGGAUCGCGAAGUAUGGGAGCAGUUCCUCUCAGCUGAUCGAUUCGCUUCGGAGUGUGUUAUCGUUAUGAAGUGGCUUGAGCAAACUGCUAGGGCAUCUAGCAAUGAUAUCGACUCCCUGAUCGCCGAUUUGGAGGCACAGGCGGAAAGAGGACAGGGAUUGUGGGCUCACGGUUGGCUCUAUACCAAGGAAACAAUCAAAGGCCAAAAACGGUUACGCGCAUGGCCUCAGCCGCUUGAGCCAGACGAUCCAGGACUUAUUCGCUCCCUCCUGGGCUCGGAAAAUCGUCAACCUCUAGUUACGCAAUUAGACCCGGAUGCGAUAACUAGACAGAAACAUGGCCUUGAAAAGCAGGAUCAAUUCUUCGAACGGGCAACUUGGUUGACUUGCUGGAAAAUGCUGAGAGAAGGCCAGAGUUGGAGCAAAAUCCGAGAAUGGUCGCAGGAGCGCCUGGAAAGCUGGCGAGCCGUUAGUUUGUGUGGUUCGAACAUCGACACACAAUCAAAAACCAGUCAAGAAGAUGAUGGAAUGACUCGAAUGAUGAACUGCCGGUCCCACGAAUCCUGGAGGACUGCCUGCUCAGCACUAGCUCAGAAUCAAAACACGGAAGACUUUGAGCGAGCUGUUUACGCGCUACUCGCGGGUGAGACUGAGCCUGCAUACAAGGUCUGUCAGAGCUGGGAUGAUUAUCUCUAUGUCUUCUACAACCAUGUUCUGCUGUCGCGUUACCAGGGAUUCUGCAAGCAGUUCCAACGGAAACUGAACCAUCCUGCGAACGGCAAUGUAGCCUUCUUGCCAGAGCCUGAAGCAUAUGACGAAGUUCGCAAGUUCCUGGAAACAGUCAAGGGUCAUGAGCGCAUCAGCGUCGAAGCUCGAAACCCUUAUCGCACUAUUCAAAGCGCCAUCUUAUGCAAGGACUAUGAUUCAUUUUUUGUUGCCUUUGCAAAUGCAGUUUCUAAAGUCGCCACGACCUCGGAGUCUGAUCUCGUGCCUGACCUCUCGCCCACGCAUGUGGAAGAUUCUGCUCUUAUUGCAGCCAAAGACCAGGACUCUCUGCGAAUUGCGACACAUUUAUAUGUGAUUGCAAAAUCGCUUGGUUACGCUCGCGCAGAUUCUCACUUCUCUCAGACUGCAGCCGUGACCUUGAUAGGAUACAUCGACUUCCUGCAGAAGGUGCACUUGGUGGACCUCAUAGCGUCCUAUGCCUCUCUUCUUCCGGCUCCUCUAGCGCACUCCGUACUUGCUAGAGUGCUGAUUGACGUUGUCGACCCUAGAGAGCGAAAGAUCCAGGCCCGGUCAAUGCAUAAGCAUAAGAUUGACAUGCAGGCUGUACUACGCACUCAGUGGGAAUGGGUCCUCAGCGACGCUAUGCAGGUAGAAGAUGUAAACUCCACUAUCCGUCUUUCCAAGAGCGUCCGGGGCGGCGACGGUUAUAAGGAGUUGGCGCCGGUGAAGAAGAAUUUUGUCGGAAAGUAUGUGUCUCCUGAAGACGAACGAACAAUUCGUUGUCUUGAGUGGCACCGCUACCUUGAAGACCAGUGGCAGCGUAUAUGCCAACUCGGCACAUUGUUGUACAAGAGAUUUUACGCUUCUGGGUCUCUUGCGGCAGCUCGUGAGCUAUCCAGGCGCAUGAGAUUAUCCGACAUCUCCCGGGAGAUACUGGGCAUUGAUGUCGCGGACGUACCCCUUCUCGAUGAGGAUGGUGCCGGAAUACCAGCCUCAGAACCCGCUAGCCCGGUGAAGACAAGCCCAUCGAAGAAGUCAAGUCGUUCGAAGAACCAAGCAACGAACGGUCUACAGUCUCGUAGUCGCCAAGCGAUCAUGUAUGAACAGUCUCAGAUGAUGCGCGAAUUUGAGCGACUUAUUCUGGUCUUUGACGCCUUGGAGGAUUUCGCCGUGACCUAUGAAGACUUUGAACAGAACAAGACUUCAGGAGAGCCUACUGCAGUACACGAAUUGAGAAACAAUCUGCAAGUCCUACUUGACCAGCUUACCGAGCAUAUCAACUACCUAUGCGACGAUUGGCUUAUUCAGGCUCGGGAUGGUGAGUAUAAUAGCAGAUUCCCCGUUGCACCUUCAUGCUCUUGCUUAUUUUCUCCUGUUGCAGAACUCGAGGAGACUCAAUUGGAGUACAUCCGCAGCACUUAUCUACCGGAGGUCUUCCUUUACUACCACAAUGCUCUUUAUUUUGCGGGCCAUUCACUCUCUGGCGAGUUCCUAGUUGAAUGCGUGAAUCUUUCCACGGUCAUUGCAGGCAACCCUAGUUUGACUAGCAGUUUCGUAUCUGCGGGCCGCAUGUGCGAGCUGGUAGAUGCGUUGGCUUUGUCGAGUACGGCACUUGUGAAUACCCCAACACCUAAAAACAAAAAGAAGCUUGCACAUGGAGCGAGAUUCGACAUCUGGAAGAUCAAGCUUGAAGGCGACGAUCCGACUGCAAUCUUCCGCCAACCCUGAUGACGAUACGCGGUUUGUCUUUGUUGUUGCAAUUGAAUCGUGCCGCCAGGCGGCGUAGAAUUGAAUAUGGAGGGGUCAGACAUCUGCGGUAUUGGAAGGAGCACUGCCGUGACUGCA